AGAAGCUUACCGGCUGAGCUAAGCGGUCUUCUACGGUAUUUAAGCGAGCGCGUCUCUGGAAAAUCGACUUUAGGAAGCAAACAAAAUAAAAAAAAGGAUAUACGUAUACUCGCCAGCAGGGCUGCUCACAAAUCAACAAUUUGCGGUGAGCCAUGGCUGUCACUAUACCUCCUUUUGCUGGUUAUACAAGCGAUAACAGUACAAGUCUCUUCAGUGCUUGUUCAUCGGGGGCGACUGCCGCUAUUUACCCGCCACUGGCUUGUGGGGACAAUACGCUGUGCACACGUAACCCGCUGUUCUCGAUCUUCACCGGCUCCAACCAGGUGUGCCUCUGCCCUUUGACAGCUUACCCCUUGGUGAAUGGAACGUGUCAGACCAUUGCCGGAACAUCCUGCACGACCGAUCAAGACUGCAGUGACAGGUCGGCCGACUGCGUUGGUUUGAGCGGUUUCGGAUUGGAAACUUCUUUAGUUGAAUUUCUGUUGCCUGUCGUUGUGUUCGUGUGUCAGCUGACGGUUGAAUUCAGCUUUCAAGUCCCGGUGUGGAGCUGCACUGGAAACACUUGCGCCGUCGUGGGAAUCGGGACACCGUCGAUAUUUUCUGGAGGGUUCCCUGGAAGACGCAAACGGGAAGUUUCUAUCCCAUCUGAAGCAAUACAAGAAGAUCAUGAUGCCCCGAUAACUGCGUCUGUAUCCAGGGAAACAAGAAGCGAAGCAGAGGCUGCUUUUGGGCCGGAGAUCUCUUCCGUCGGUGACUCCAAAUUGAGGCAAAAACGCUGGACGCCAACAGUGGCGUGCACACCUGCUGUCCAAGUAUGGGGCUUUAUAUUAAGCUUUUUCACCAGCCAGACAAGUACGUACGUCUGUAAUUCGUCACUCUGAGUGUCAGAGCAACGUAAAAGCUAGCUUGCUAAAUAUACCUUGUGGUGGAGUCGCUUUUCCUGGUAU